AUGAAUGAAGUAGAUCACAUGCUGAAAGGCAUGUUCAGGGUGCUGGAGGUAUUUAACUUCCUUGAUUGGUCGUUGGGAGUCCUAGCCAAGAAAAUUGAAGUGCCAGAGUCCUUUUCUCCAGAAGAUCUCAUGUGUGUUUUGUCUUAUAUGGACAAGUCGUAUAUUAUUACAGGCGCUGCUCAGAGUACCCUACAAGACAUCAAGGUUCCAGAAUAUGGAGGGGGAUAUGCAUACAAGUCAACAUGUCCUGCCACUCGUAAUCGAUACUUAUUUUGGAGGGUGUGCCACGAUAUUGUUGAGCUUUGGGAGGAAAGUCUUGACUAUGAUUUCACCCUCAAUCAUGUACAGUUCAGAUUUGCAGAUACUCCUGUACUUGAAGGACUUAGCGUUCAUGAAACACGACAAUAUGUCUACAUUCUUCUUGCCACAGUUUCUUCGGUUCAUCGGAUCAGACUUCCACAUCCUCAGCAAACACAGAGCAUCAGAAGCAAACCUUAUUCCAUUCUGAGCGAGCUGACCUUUCAAACGUUAAAGGAGUAUCACAAUUUGCACAUCUUGAACAGUAAUUUAGCAGGAGAGGGUCUUCCCCACACGGCAGCAACGCACUUGUUGUCUGGUGACUCGGGCAAUGCUGUUUUCAUCUUGGGACAGACAGGCGGGACACUGUUGGUUGUCAAGAUGUACGACAUGCCAUUUUCUGUGUUUACUGAAACCAUAAAAAAUGCAUCACUGAUGAAUAGGUUGUUCACAGGUUUUGUGCCUGGGAUGUUCAGAGGUAUGGAGGGUGCUGAAACAGUGACCAGUCUGGUAGUCCAUGAGCUUGGUGGAGAUGUCAUUGCUAUGGGGGUGUGUAGAGAUGGCAAAAUGCGUGCUUGGUCAUGUUCAAAGCUCCAGUGUAUUCUUGUUCAUGACAUUUUAGAAAAUACGGCUGAAGCUGGGAGAAAACUGAAUCCUGGAGCUCAGCGGCACCAGAUUCGCAGUUGCACACAUGGGGAAGAGUUUACCUUAGGCGUUUACCUAAAUUUUAAUGAGAAACAACUAAUUCUAAUCUAUCAACCAAGUAUAAACAACGGCCAGUUAAUUCUCAAGCACAUCAAGACUGUAUACCCACCACAAUUUGACUUGGUAGACUUCAGCCUUACAACUUCAUAUAUCUGGACUUUGUGGACAGAUGCAAGUAAUGACACACAGUUGUUGUACGCCUCGGUGGACGGGGAAGGGGAAGUCAAAGCACCGUUUGAUUUAUCAGCUGUGGUACUGGAACAGCCACCAGAUAAAGAUGUACCUCUUACAGAUCCUUAUUUAGACCCAAAAGAAGUUUACCUUCGAGAGCUCUUUACUCCAAAUCGAUUUUCUGCUUACACUCUUAGGAAAGCUCUUGGGAUUUAUCGACGUAGUGUUGAAAUGUCUUUUGUUGGUGAUCGGGACAUGUGGAGGCUGCAGGAAGAAGUGGAAGCAGCUUUGAGAGAGCAAGUUGAAGCGAGGCUCAAUUCAGACUUGAGUGAAGAGGAAAUAGCCCAGAUUACCAUGGAGGCAUGGGCUACAUUUUACUCACAUACCUUGCAAUAUCAUCAGGUUGGCCACAAACCAGUUGGUAUAGUGGGCGUUGGAGCAGACAGAAUUAUUGGCAUUGUCAGGAAACAAGUUGUUUCAUGGAUCCGACCUAUGGAUGCACUCGAGAUUUUAUCUCUUGCUCCUAUUGAAAGCUUGAAUGUUACAUCAUUGAAUGGGGUUUUAAGUGAGGACACAGUUGUAACUGCUGCUGUGAUAGCCUUGGCACGUCCACUACGUAAAAUUCGCGAAAUUCUCCCCCCAGAAGUUGCUGCCGCUUUUCUCCUUGAUUUACAUCACCUACAGUCACCAGAUCAAGUGGGAGACUCCAUCACCGCAUCUCUUCUAGCUGAUAGUUCCAACUUGGGUGCCAGUCUGAGUCAGCAACUUGCAGGUGUAACAGGAAUAGUUGGAGGAUUGUGGGGGUAUUUACACGCAUUACAGCUAGACAUGGGAAUGCCAGAUUCUUUAGUGCUGGAAAAUGGGGGCUUACCUCCACCUCAGUCAGUAUCUGAAGCAUUUAGAGGAUGUGCAGGUGCAUCCGUAAUCAGUGCAGUUGUAGCUCAGAUGGCACGAGUUAGGUUGGACCUUUGUCGAGAUCUUUUGCUUUUGCAGCAAGUUGCCCUGCAGCUUGGUCACCAGUGUCGACUGACUACGGACUCUGUGGCUCAGAUGCGCUCAACUUUGCUGCCUAAAACUUCCCUCCUGACCCAAGCUUAUUUUGCUCUUCUUCAUAUAUCAACUGCAGCGGCCAUCCAGGCAAGUCAGGCAACCCUGGAUGUUGGAAAACGUCAGUUAGCUGCACUCUCCCUAAGUGAAGGUCCAGGAGUUGUUCUGUCUCCGUCAGGUCUCGGUCGACCAACAGCUGUCUUAGAGCUCUUUUUUAUGAACAGUGGGGGAGAUUAUGCUCGUUCUCUAGCGAUGCCUACUAUAACUCAGUCUGAUGCCAAUAAUAGUGGUGCUGAUGGGGAAUGGAGUGAACUUUUAAUGCCAUUAUCUGUAACUGUAUCCCAGCUUGCCUGGCCCAUAAGCAGAUGUCUUUUAUUAGUAGAAUGGUUAGUGUGGGGUGGACAACAUGGCGCCGUGCAAGAAUAUGUACGGCUCCUUCAGCCUUGGUGUGAGUGGAACAGUUGUUCCAGAAAAUUCUUACUUGGUGUUGCGCUUCUCAACCAAGGAGAGGCUUCAAAAGCUGCACAUCUAUUUAUGGCAGCCCAGGAUGGCAUUAUGACUGAAGAUUUUCUUGCUAUCAAAGUAGCUGGUGGUGGAGCUGACACACCACCUGACCAGCUACGAGUCAUGUACUGCCUACGUGUCAUACGUCUGUUGGAACAAAGUGGUCACCCUGAUUUAGCUCUCCAGGUCGCUCAAAAAGGAGUAUCAAUAGCAUCUGCUGAUCAUCCUUCAUUAUCUGCACUAUAUUUAGUUGUGUUUAAGCAUCACCUCGAACUGCAGCACCAUGAUGAAGCCUUUACAGCCCUCUCAUCGUUCCCAGAUCCCCACCGAAGACGCAACUGCUUGAGACAACUGAUUAUUUCAUUACAUGAUAGAAAAUGCUUAAAGACUUUAGUAAAUUAUCAGUAUGGAAGUUUGGAGUCUGAUGUUGUCACAAUUUUGGAGAACCGUGCACGAUCGGCAGACAUUCUUGUUAACAAUUACUAUGAUCUUCUAUAUGCAUUUCACAUUAGAAAGCACAAUUAUAAAAAAGGUGCUUGUGUCAUGUAUGAGUGUGCCCUUCGUCUCAAUGUAGAAGGCUUAGGUGAAAAGGGGCUGAGGCAGCAGGCCAAGUGUUACCUAGCAUGCCUUAAUUGCUUGAGACACAUACCAUCAGAACAGGCAUGGAUUCUCAAACCACUGCCUAAGGCGUCAGGAGAAUCAGAUGAUGGUUCUGAGAAAGGAUCAAAUGGUAAUGGUUCCAAACGAAGCGUGAGUGGGACGUCUGUGAUUCCUCCUUUGUGUCGAAAGAAGCCUCAGGUCAAAGUGCUGGAACUGAAGCACAUAGAAAGGGAAUAUGAACUCGUCCAUGCAAGGCUAAAGAUGCUGAAAUUGCAGCCUGAUAGUCAAGCAGCAGGUGGACCUUUGAGUGCUAAUGACACCAUCAGCCUUUUAACUCAUGGCCGUCUGUUCAGAGAAGCGGUACGACUCGCAAAACUAUUUGACCUCUCCGUUGUCCCCAUUUUCCAAGGACUUGCCAAUGCAUGCUUGCAUCCCCAACCAUCGCAGGCUCACAUUUUGCGAGAGGCCAAUGGAAUUAUCAAGGAAGGUGAUGAAAAUGAAGUAUGGUGGAAUCUAUUAAAAGAUUUGCUUGAAGAGGAGGAGCAAGGUAAUCAGUCAGUACUUCAUCGCACAGUCUGCUCAGUUUUACUUCAGCACACGACAGUGUUGCCAACAUGGCUUGUCAAUUCAUACAAGUUGCGUAAUUGUGGAGAAUUACUGCAGCUGUAUGUUAACCAUGGCUUGUUGGAAGAUGGUGUGAGAUUAGCCUGCCAGUAUGUUGAUGGUAUUUUAGGUCAUGGCACAGAUCAAGUUGGACUACGUAAUGCUUUGCAUUCAAGAGAAGCACCUGUAUGGAUGCCAUACACAGCAUUAGAUAAGCUACUGUUAGAACUACGAGAAGUCCAACAGAAUAAAUAUUUUGCAGAGUUAUCAAGGGAAUUGAAUGAAAAACUUCAAACGUAUCACACACAACUUCAGAAAGUUUCCCAAGACAGAGUAAUCUUACUUCAAGGCUAAGUUAUUGCCCUUUUAAUAUUGUACCUAUUUUCCAUCAAGUUGUCAAAGUUAACUGAUAUCAAAUUAAUUUUUUUAGUUUUGGUUUUAGUCUGUGUAAUGUAAUUUUUGUAAUAAAGUAUAUUUGUAAGAA